AUGAAUUUUGAAUUUGAGAGGGAGAUCGGGUUUAUAAAUAGCCAGCCUUCGCUCGCAGAGUGCCUGACGUCUCUUCCCGCUGUCCUGGAGACAUUUCAAACUUCAUCAAUCAAGAACUCGACAUUAAUUCCUCCUCCUUUUGAGCAAACCGUCCUCAGCCUGAAUCCUUGUUCCAGCAGCCAAGGAAGACCGAGGAGCCAAAAAAGAGCAUCUCAUGGCCUGCUCCAGCCCCAGCCUCCGGCACAGCCCGGCCCCUUGGCAGCGGAAUUCCCCUGGAUGAAGGAGAAGAAAUCGUCCAAGAAAGCAACCCAGGCUCCAUCCUCGUCUUCCUCCUCUUCCCCCCCAUCAUCUUCCUCGUUGCCGAUCCCUGCCGCAGGAUCUCCCGCAGACACCCAGGGGCUCGCAGACACCAGCGGCUCCAGGAGGCUCCGGACGGCGUACACCAACACGCAGCUCCUGGAGCUGGAGAAGGAAUUCCACUUCAACAAAUACCUCUGCAGGCCCCGCCGGGUGGAGAUCGCGGCUCUGCUCGACCUGACCGAGCGGCAAGUCAAGGUCUGGUUCCAGAACCGCCGCAUGAAGCACAAGCGGCAGACGCGGCACAAAGAGCCCCCCGACAGGGACGCCGCCUGCCCCGGCCCGGACGAGGGCAGCGACCCCCUGGACGAGGCCGAGGACGGCCCCGCGCUGGGGCCCAGCCGCGGCCAGGCGCGCCCCGAGCUGCCCGGGGGCCCCCGGAGCCCGGCGCAGCCCCGCGCCGCCGCCUCCCGCCCGCAGCGCGCCCGCCCCGGCGGCCGGGACUCGCCUCCGCCGCCGGAGCUGGGCAUCUUCUCGGCAGAGCCCUGCCCGCAGCUCUCCCCCGGCCUGCAGGACUCCCUGGGGAGCCCCGUCCACUUCUCCGAGGAAGACCUGGACUUCUUUGCAAGCGCACUUUGCGCUGCAGAGCUGCAGCACCUCAAUUUCCAGUAG